ACCCGCGCUGAAAAUGUUUAAAUUUCAUUGGUUGGAAAAAUCCGACCAAUCACCGUAAAAUGAAUGUCUGCGCUCAUUGGUUGUUGUCUGCCAUUGGGUAGGCUCCUUUCAAGGUUUUGUUCGUGCAAUAGGCUCGUUUCUUUUCGUGUAGUAACGUGGUUCAGUAUUCUAGCUGUCGAUUUGUCAGCGAGGCACCCGGGCGCGAAUUGUAACGCGGGAAAAGUUCUGGGAGGGUGCAGUCCCUAGUUAGUAUUUGCACUCCGAAACGGAAAGGAAUUGUAAGGGGCUAUACGCUGUUUGGUUAUUAUAUAGUACUUAUUUAAGUGGGUAGUUACGUUCAAAGUGCCUUAUUUUGUAGUGUCUUAUCGAAUCAGUGUAUCUUGGAGUAUCUGUUAGGGCUUCCAUAAUUUUUUAUAUGAAAGGAAGUUGCGGAGGGGCAGUAACUAGUGGCUAUUUGGCCGUUUAGCUAAUUGUCUGGCAAUUCGGUACGUAUUGUAUCAUACGUAGGGAUUCGGACUUUGGUGAAUUUAUUUUAUUGUGUAGCUAUGGCUGAAAGCAAACCGUCUCAAGUCAUUUUCUGUGACGAUUCUCCAAAACGAGUGUUGGUGUCGGUUAUUAAGACCACGCCGAUAAAACCGAAGAGCAUGGAGCAUUUGGUGCCGACCAGUCCGGGAUUUAGCGACUUUAUGGUGUACCCUUGGAAGUGGGGGGAGAACGCCCACAAUGUAACUCUCAGUCCCGGACCGGUGAACGGAGCCGCUUCCCCCACUGGGAGUAACACGGGAGUGGAUGGAGACGCGUCUGCAUGUCCUGAUCACAUGAAGGAUGGGUCUCGUCGGGGUCGCCCCCGAGCCGAAACUGUCCGGGAGUUGAUCAACGAAGGCGAGCACUCAUCCAGCCGAAUCCGGUGUAACAUCUGCCACCGAGUGUUCCCACGGGAGAAAUCCCUUCAGGCUCACAAAAGGACCCACACAGGGGAGAGGCCUUAUCAUUGUGAUUACCCUGACUGUGGAAAAGCUUUCGUACAGAGCGGGCAGCUGAAGACCCACCAGCGGCUGCACACAGGGGAAAAGCCCUUUGUGUGUUCUGAAAAGGGUUGUGGUAGUCGGUUUACUCAUGCCAACCGGCACUGCUCCAAGCACCCAUAUGCCCGCCUAAAGAGAGAGGAGCCUGUAGGCGACCCUGGAAAAUCCCAGGCUGUGGAUAACAAGGCCGUAGCUGAUUGGUUGGCCAGAUACUGGCAGACCCGAGAGCAACGGGUCCCCCCUCCCAAGGGGACGGGCUUGGUGAAGGCUGGGACGGAGGACCAGGAGCAGCGAGACCCUUUGGAGUUUAUGCCAUCAGACGAGGAAGACGCAGAGGAUGAGAAGAACAGCAGCGGGGCAGCGCGGCAGCGGCUGCAGGAGCAGCGAGAGCGUCUUCAUGGUGCGCUGGCUCUUAUCCAGCUGGCCAACAACCUGUCCUCCUAGCUCCGCCCAUGGUGUCUUCAAAUGCCGGCCGACAGCCAGUUGGGUACAAGCUAAAAAGCACCUUAUCACGCUUUUUGUAGGCUGCUAUAAUUGUAGAUUUCAUUACAUGAAGAAUGUUUGUUUAUUUUCUGACUUUAAGAAGAAAGUUGUUUUAAGGUUUUUCCUUUUCCUUAGUUCUUUGCACUUUUUUUGAUAACGAGUUUUUAAGUAUUGAGUGUGUUUUGUGUGUGUAUAUUUCGAGGGUUUAGCUCUGCUGAACUGAAAGGGUGCAUACAGACGACGAUGGAAGGUUAACGACACUGGCUUCUGCAGGCCUGAAUUUAGUCAGCUCAAAGUAUUGAAGUUUUGAUUCUAUAUAAAAAAAGAAUUUAAGACAUCGCCCAGCUAGAUGUUUGGAUUACAGAUUCCAGAGGGAGAAUUCAGUAAUGUAGUGUCAUCCUUUUUUUACUUUUUAAAUGUCAAAAUCCCUACUUGUAUCCAUCAAGUUAAGCAAUCAUCCGUUACAUGACCAAAUGUAUGUGGACACCCCUUCUAGUUAGUGGGUUUAGCUGAUUGAGCCCCACCAAUUGCAAUCAUGUAGAUGAAAUCGAGCAUAGAGCCUUGCACUGCCCUCAGUCAAACUGGAGAGCUCACUGACUUUAAGCACGGCAGUAUCAUAGGAUGCCUACUUUCCAAUAAGUCAAUUUUCUGUCCCGCUCGUGGUAGCCAAGUCAGAUGUAAGUGCUGUUCUUGUGAAAUGGAAAUGUUUAGAAACGACGAUUCCGCAAAGCAGUAUGCCACACCAGGUCAUUGGAUGCUGAAAUCUGUGACGUGUGGAAAAUCUCAUUUAUCGACUUCCAAACUGCUUCUAGAAGCAAGGUCAGCUCAAGAACUGUUCAUCAAACAGCAUAGUGCCAUGGGUCUGAAGUAAUGUAAAGAAUGUUCCUUUUUGACUCUGGAGUAGUGGAAAUGUGUUCUUUGGAGUGAUCAGUCCUGUAUUGCUAUUUGAUAGUCUGAAGGGCAGUUCAGGGCUUGGUGAAUGACUGUAGAAUGCUACCGGCCUGGAUGUAUAGUACAAGCUCCAAAAGUUUUGCUGGAACAAUAAUGAUCAGGGGCUGUUUUUUUUUGUGGUUUGAUUUAGGUGUAUUAGUUUUGAUGUCGAAGAAAUUGACUGGCUUGCAGAGCCCUGAUCUCAGCCCCGUCAGACAUCUUUGGGAUGAAUCUGAACAGCCACUGCAGGCAAGGCCUGAUUAUUCAACAUCGGUGCCUAACCUUAGUAUCUUGGCUGAAUGGUAGCGGAUUCCUGCAUCUAUAUUUCAAGAUUUCAUGGAACCCUGUGCAAAACCUAUGCGAGAGUGGAGGCUGUUAGAGUAACAGAGGGGCCAGCUCCAAAUAACUCAUUCUGAGUCCAGAGGAAUUUGAUUCGACGUCCACAUACCUUUGGCCAUGUAUAGUUCAAAAUCUGUGAUCCCAACUAAAGUACUUGGUAUUUACCAUGCAUUCUCUGGGACUGUCUGCAUUUUCAGGCACACGUCUGUUAAAAGGCAGUCAUGUGUGCGUCACCCGUCUGUAAAUUGCUAUGAUGUUUGUUAAUUUAUGACUCAAAGACCAUGUCUUAGAUUUUUUUAUUUCUAAAUUAUAAUAAAAUAGAUUUAGUUUAAAUAGGAAUAUAUGUGGAAAAUACAAAGUUAUGAGGUCAGGCUACUUUCUACAAGCACCUUAAUCAUGUUUGUCAAACUGCUUAUAAAUCUGACAUUUACAUCCAUGGGAUAUUUUUCAUUCCUUAACAUUGGAGACUGUUUGGAGAAAGUUUGACCCCAAAGUUGAAUUGUACAGUGUUUUUUUUUUUUUUUUUUGCCUGCCCUUUAUAUACUUCCCCACAAUUUAGCAUUUACCUGAGUUGGAAUGCAUUGUGUGUUUUGGACUUCUCUAUCAUCUCAAAGUUUUUGGAUCUCAACAAUGUGGCACUAGACUUGUUUCCCCUCCUGUCGUUCCUGUGUCAGGCUUGAUGGGGG